CGGCGCUUUCCGGCUGCGACUGCGCGACGCUACGCCUCAGCCAGAGUGCGGCCAUGGCGCAGGGACAACGCAAGUUUCAGGCGCGGAAGCCUGCGAAGAACAAGGCGGUCGCUACGGCUUCGGAGCGGAGCCGGGGCCCGAGGAAGGGCGGUCGUGUUAUCGCCCCGAAGAAGGCUCGCGUUGUGCAGCAGCAGAAGCUUAAGAAGAACCUUGAGGUUGGGAUCCAGAAGAAGAUUGAACAUGACGUGGUGAUGAAAGCCAACACCAGCCUCCCCAAGAAGCUGGCACUGCUGAAGGCACCUGCCAAGAAGGGAGGGGCUGCUGCCUCCAAGGCACCUUCCUAAGGACACUGGCCUCCACAGCAGGGACCAUUCACACAGCCCCUAUCUUCAUGCUCAGACCUGUGCAGGGUCCCCUCAAACACCACCAUGAGGAAGAAGAGCCCCUGACUGCACCUCAGACUUCAGUGGGGGUUCAGACCACUAACAGGUGAUAACACAUCCCUGAAGUACAGGUCAACCUCCCGAGAUUCAGAAAUUCAGCGAAGGCCAGAGGGACAUCACCAGCUCCUGUGCCCCCUCAUUUUCCCAGGACCUCAAUAAAUCCAGCUUUGUCCUUC